AUGGGGGAAUUGAAAGAAUCAGGAAUGAGAGGAAAGACGGUGAAUGGCACUGUGUUAAAAUCUCAGGGAAGAUGGGUUGGAGUAGUCCAAAUCAUGGACAGAACAACAGUGAUUGGAUUUGGAAUCUUCGACUCAGGAGGAGCCUUUGAAGUCCUACUAGGGAAACCAUGGUUAAUCAAAAGUGCAGCAGUACAUUUUUACAAGAACAACACACUACAACUGACAGACGACAAAGGCACUAUAAUACUGCAAAGCCAUAAUAAGAUGCAGAAAAAAGAAGAGACCAUGACAAAGAAAAAAGACAAACCACCAGAACAAAAACGUACAGAGGAAACUGAAGGAGAAGAACAAACAAAUACAGAUGGAGGAGACAAACAAAAGAAAGAAGAUCAAGCUACAAACGACAAACAGAAGUGGGACAGAGGGGGGAGAUUGAGAAGGAAAGCGGAAACGAGGAUAGAAGCAGUGGUAAUGGUAGGUGAGAAGCAAGAAAUCGUUGGCAAGAAAGAGAAGAAGUUGAAAAAGGACAAAGACGAAAACGAAGAGAUAUAUGCACACCUUGCAAAAGUUAUCUCCAGAAGGGAAUGGAAGAAAGAACGCGAGAUGAUAGGAGAACUAAAAUGA